GAGCAGAGCAGAGCAGAGCACAGCACAGCACACUCACGCUGCUGGGCAGUGGCACUGACUGGCAUGGGCGCUGGGCUUCUGGUUCUGGGCACGGGGAGGGGAUCAUGCGACAGCUGGCCUUCUUGUGGUGGUGAGCAAUGAGCAUUGCCAUGGCUGCCAUGGCCGCCACGGCGAGCGAGCAGCAUUUGCGUGCCGCUGUGCCCCUUCCUUUGGCUCUGCAAUCCGAUCCCUAUUUUAAGAUUGGCCGCCCCCCAGCAACAGGACAUCACAUGAUCACUUGGUUUCUGGGCGUUGCCGUGACUGAGCAUGGCCCAGGCAUGCUCGUCUCCAGAAACUGGGGGAGCGCUGCUGGGCCGUUGAAAUGCCGUGGACGGCUGAGUCUGGCUGGGGUCGCACAGGGGUUGUGUGUGUCCGCUUUUGGCUUUUGGGCUCGUCCUCGCUUUGGCAGGCGCUCGCUAAAUACUCAAGUAACUUGACAUCGCCUGUAGGUAGUUUCUCACUGACUGGAUUGGCCCGUGACUUGGCCAUCAACACAUCAACACCACCACGACUGAGCCCUCAC